GCUCUGUCCAGGGUCCUUCAGAAAGCACCACCCUCUCCUUCCAGAUGCUCCACAAGAACAAUGCCGACUCUCAAGGUUGAGCGCACACGACACCUCACAAUGAGAGGACUCUUAAGAAGGAACUCGCAACCUCACGCGAGUGCCACGUCAGCAGUGCCAUGUCAACAGUGCCAUGUCAGCAGUGCCACGUCAGCAGCAGUGCCACGACAGCAGCAGUGCCAUGUCAACAGUGCCACAUCAGCACCAGUGCCACGGCAGCAGUGCCACGUCACAAUGCCGGCUUCAGCCUUGGGCAUGCUGGGCCAACUCGCCGGCGAGUCCAUUGUUGAGUUCCACAAACGGAUCCUACAUCAGCUUGCGCAGAUUGAGGCUGAGCAACAGCGCCAGGCGGAAGACGACGCUGACCGCCUACAGGCUGAAGCGAAGGCCGCGUCAUCACCAGUGCCACGUCAGCAGCAGUGCCCCGUCAGAAUGUCGGCUUCAGCCUUGGGCAUGCUGGGCCAACUCGCCGACGAGUCCAUUGUCGAGUUCCGCAAACGGAUCCAAGAUCAGCUCCCACAGAUUGAGGCUGAGGAACAGCACCAGGCGGAAGCCGAGGCUGCCCGCCUGAAGCGGAGGCAGCGAUUGAAAAGCAGCGGCUUCAGGCCGCAGCUGACUCAGAUACCCAGGCCCUCCGAGCUAGAGAACCAGCACCAGGAACUGGAGAAUCUCCGACAGGCAGUGCAGAACGACAAUGGUCUGCAUGAGGAUGCCACACGGGCACUUCAUACUCGUGCACAGGACUUGGAGCAAGCAGCGCCAAGAGCAGAUGCUCGCAAACCCAGCAAUGCAGCCUCAACCCGCCAGUUGGAGCAGCGACUCGACCAUGUACUCACAAUGCUCGGCGACAUCAACACUUUCGCCGCACCAGCCACCAUCAGCGAGCAGCUCGGCACCUUGAAGACCGAGAUCAGGCAGCUACAGCAGCCGCCCGCCAACGAUGGCAGCACGGGUGCACCACGGCAGUACAAAGAUGCCGACGUUCCGGAUCGAGAACUACGACAAGCCAAGUACAAAGCCAACCGCGACAAAUGUGAAUUCGUGUGGCAAGAGCUCGAAUACUUGGGCCAUUAUGUGACGCCGCAAGGCAUCUGUCAGCUCGAGGACAAGAUUGAGGGCAUCCGUGUAUGGCCCGAGCCCACCAACACCACGGACGUUCGCUCAUUCAUGGGGCUGGCAGGCUACUACCAAGGCUUCAUCACCGAGUACUCAAGGACCGCUGCACCAUUGACAAGACUACAAUCGCCAAAGAAGCCAUUCGCAUUCGACGACGAAGCGCGCCAGUCAUUCCAAGCACUCAAGACGGUCAUGGUCAUGGCACCCGUCCUUAGCAUCUACAACCCCACCUUGCCAACGAGAGUGACAAUUGACGCCUCCGUCUAUGGCAUUGGGGCAGUCUUGGAACAACACGAUGGUGACGACUGGCAUCCCGUGGACUACUUCAGCCACAAGGUGUCUCCCAUCAACUCACUUGAUGAUGCAAGGAAGAAGGAGCUUCUCGUGUUCGUGAUGGCUCUCAAGCGAUGGCGACGCUUCCUCCUUGGGCGUCGUAGGUUCACAUGGGUCACCGAUAACAACUGGUUGACCUACUACAAGACGCAAGAUACGGUGAGCGGCACUAUCGGACAAUGGAUGUAUUUCAUCGACCAAUUUGACUUCACACCGAAACUUUUCGCCGGCCUCUCCAAUUGCGCAGACCCGAUCUUUGCGCCAUGACACAUCAUGCCUUCGCAUUCGAUGAGGAACUCCAAUGAUAUUUCAUUCGGGGCUACCAUUUCGAUC